GUGAAUCUAUAUCAAUGUACACUACAAUUUGCCCUAUAUUUUUAAGCUUCAUCUAGCAGGCAGCCAUUUAAUUUAUGUUCCCAAAAGUUUGAUUUCACCUUCAACUCCGCACCAAUGUUCAUAACAAAUUUGCUGCGUCUCCAUUUUCCCUCUCCUCUCUCCCGCACCACCAGAUUCAUUCCCUUCUCCACAUCCAUCACUGGGCUCCACAUCGAAGACGCCGCCGUCGACUCCGACGGUGAUGGAGACGGCGGCGGAGACAGCUCGUCCCGACUCACUUCCACCUUAACCCCAACUGAGACCCUAGCCGCCGAGAAAUUCCACUCCUUAAUCAAAGACCACUACCGGAAAAACCCUAAUAGCAGCCCUACUCCCUUAAACCCUGACCUCACUCUCCCAUCUCUCUCCUCCGACUUUUCCAGAAUCUGCGCCGCCGACGUCGACCCCGUCUCCGCCGCCGUCGUCCUCCGCGUCAUCGAGAAAUGCGGCGAAGUGCGGCACGGCAUUCCUUUCCCCCAGGCUUUGGCGUUCUUCAAUUGGGCAGCCGCGCGCUAUUCCUUCCAAAAUCCCCAGCCAUACGACGAAUUGGUGGAUCUCGCUGGAAAGGUACGCCAGUUCGGUGUAGCUUGGCACUUGAUAGAUUCUAUGAAAUCAAAUAACAUCGCAGUUUCUACAGAAACUUUUUUGAAUUUAAUUCGCCGCUAUGUCCGAGCUGGGCUUGCUUCAGAGGCCAUACACACGUUUAACGUGAUGGAGGACUAUGGCUGUAAGCCUGAUAGAAAUGCUUUUUCUUCAGUAAUUGGUAUACUCUCUAAGAAAAGAAGGGCUGAAGAAGCUCAAACAUUUUUUGAUAGAUUGAAAGAUAAAUAUGAGUCUGAUGUGGUGGUCUAUACUAGUUUAGUUCACGGUUGGUGUCGUGCAGGGAACAUUUCAGAGGCUCAAAGGGUUUUCAAUGAAAUGAAAGUUGCAGGGAUUGAGCCCAAUGUUUAUACUUACAGUAUUGUGAUUGAUGGGUUGUGUAGAACAGGGCAGAUAACUCGGGCAUAUGAUGUUUUCUCAGAGAUGAUUGAUACUGGGUGUCAACCUAAUGCUGUUACCUUUAAUAACCUUAUGAGAGUUCAUGUGAAGGCUGGGAGAACUGAGAAGGUGUUGCAGGUGUAUAAUCAGAUGAAGAGGCUUUCGUGCCCUCCCGAUGUUAUUACAUACAAUUAUCUGAUUGAAAGUCAUUGCAAGGAUGAGAAUCGCGAGGAAGCGAUCAAGGUGCUUAACGCGAUGGUUAGUAAAGGAUGCGAACCCAAUGUUUAUAGCUUCAAUCCGAUUUUUAGGUGCAUUGGGAACUCGCGGGAUGUGAAUGCUGCUCAUCGGUUGUAUGCCAGGAUGAAGGAGAUAAAGUGCAAGGCGAAUGCUGAGACGUACAAUAUAGUGAUGAAGAUGUUUGUUGAAUCGAGGUCCACUGACAUGGUGAUCAAGCUUAAGAAAGAAAUGGAUGAGAGCGAAGUUGAGCUUAGCGUGAAUACUUACAGGAUUCUGAUUUCCAUGUAUUGUGGCAUGGGGCAUUGGAAUAAUGCGUAUAAGUAUUUUAGAGAAAUGAUCGAGGAGAAGUGUCUGAGACCGGGUAAAGCAGAUUAUGAAAUGGUUCUGCAGCAACUCAGGAAGGCAGGCCAAAUGAAGAAGCAUGAGGAGCUGGUUUCGAAGAUGGUUGAGAAAGGCUAUAUUACUCGUCCCUUGUAGAAGAACAAGAACAUCCCACCUCUGUUCUUCAUUAAUCAUUAUGAAUGCCUUAACAUUUGGCCCUGUGGGAGGGAGGUAAUAUAUGCUGCCAGUUGUUACUUGAUACCAAUGAUGCAAUAUCUAGCUUAAAGUUGGAUUUUUGUGUAUUAAUUUGGAUGGAUAUUAAUGCCAGUUUUGUAGCAUUAGCGCUGUUAACGAAC